AUGGCUUCUAAUUCACCACCCGCUGCGACAGCAUCUGCUGGUACUCCGUCCUGCACAGUUUAUAUCCGUAACCUCGAAGAAUCUAUCAAGAUCCCUCUCCUUAAGCAAUCCCUUACUACCAUCUUCUCCCAAUAUGGGAACAUCGUCGACCUUGUCGCAAAAAAGAAUCUGAAGGCCAAGGGACAAGCUUUUGUGGUGUUUGACUCUCCACAAGCCGCCGAGCAAGCCAUCAAGGAGGUCCAGGCGUUCCCUCUAUUUGAUAAGCCCAUGGUUCUUGCGUUUGCGAAGACCCGUAGUGAUGCGACCGUGAAGCGAGAUGCUGGAGAGGAUAGCGCCGAAUUCGAAGCGCACAAAAGACGAAGGCUGGCAGAGAAAGAACGUAAGCAAGCUCUUGCAGCUAUUGAGUCCCAGCGCCGACCUACAGCCGGCGCCGGAGCCGCUUCGCAAGCCGCAGACGCACCAAAGGCCACUGCGAAGAAGGCCGGUGGUGGACUCAAGUCUACUGCUCCUGCUGCAGCCCCGCAAAUCCCAGACGAAUAUCUCCCACCCAAUACUACAUUGUUCUUACAGAACCUACCCGACGACACAGACGAGACUAUGCUCACUUCCCUAUUUGGGCGCUUCGAUGGGUUCAAAGAAGUGCGUAUGGUACCGGGAAGGAAAGGAAUUGCAUUUGUGGAAUUUGAGCAGUUGGAAGGGGCGAUUGGUGCAAAGGAAGGGAUGGGUGGGAUGGUCUUGGAGGACAAGAUCGUCAAGGUCACAUACCAAAGACAAUAG